AUGACAACACCGCCUAUAGAGAUGAGGUCCAGAGCUUUAGAUGUCUCUCCAGAGCCAGGGCGAUUACAAAAAGACAACCUCGAUCCUAAUCACCACUCUCACCUCUCAAUGCACCAGAACACUGACACCACCCCUGCAAUCUCCUGCAAGCGUUCGUCCUUCAUUUUUGCUGUGGCAGAGGAGCUCAAGGAGAAACAGCGGCUCUUCGCGGAGCGAGAGCACGUCUUCGAGGGAACUCGCCUGGCUCUGGGCGGGCCUCGGAGACGCCGCGUUCUCCCACCUGCUGCCCCACCUGCACCGGAGCAUCUGCCGCGGAGAGUAGGCGUUUCGUGCCGCGCUUCGGCGGCUCCCUCCCUCGCGGGUCCGCUCCUCGCUCACACGCCAUCUGCCUCAUUCACCGCACCUUCAACCUCGCCACGGCACAGCGGCUUCGCCUCCCACCUCGGCUCAACAGAGACUACCGCGCCAAAGGCUUUGCUGUUUACCCCGGCCGCUUCCUCUUCACGGAGAAAGCGGCGCACACGCCGUCCUAAAAUGGACUGUUUUCCACCCUCCUCAUUUGAUCCUCCACUUGAAACUAAUAAUAGACUUAUCUCCGAUCCGUGGGGUGCUUCCCUCCUAGAGGAUGAUGUGGACUGGGAAGAACUUUUCUGCUCUGCUCCCUCUGAGCCGGGAUUCAUUAAGGACAAUACCCGCACUUCAACACCCCCGAAGACUGUUCAACUAAAGACUGUAAAUGGUGAUGGCAGAAAGGCCAGCGCCUUCUCUGAUAAAUCUGUUACAGUCCCUGUGUAUACAAACCCUAGGCCUGCUCACUCUAGGACUGUAUUAUCUGAGCCUGCUCCUUCGUCCACCUGUCAGCCUGUUCCAGUUUCAUCAGCUCAGGCCACUGUUGGAAAUACUCAGUCACCUAAACCUGUCAGUAUCGCUCACCCACUCGUUAUUUCUACUCCUAUCAGUCAGCCUACACCCACACCUGUGCCAGCUCCCAGGACGAGGGCAGCUGUGACCCAGUAUACCUCCGCACCCGCUCCUGUUUCUCGGGUGGGGGUGACUGGUGUCCAGCCACCUCCCGUGCCUGUCCCAGCGCCUAGGCUGAGGGCAGCCAGAACCCAGCCUGACCUCCCUAGAGGCGCGGAAGAGCUAGCCUCUCCACCUGUCAGUUCACCUCUUCAUCCACCGCCUGAUCCAGCUUUUCACGCCCUCGCACUGUCCCUGGUUAGGCUAGCUGAGGUGUCCCCUGCUCAGGCACCAGCUUUACUAGCCCAGGCUGCAGCCUUAUCACCUUCAGUAAUUCAGUCAUUAGCACAGCCAUUAGCCUCUCCAGCCCAGUCAGUUCCCUCGCCUGCUGUUCAGGUUCCAGCCCAGUUCCAGCCCAGCCAGUUCACUCGCCUGCUGUUCAGGUUCCACUCCAGCCAGUUCACUCGCCUGCUGUUCAGCCUCCACUCCAGCCAGUUCACUCGCCUGCUGUUCAGCCUCCACUCCAGCCAGUUAAUUCGCCUGCUGUUCAGCCUCCACUCCAGCCAGUUAAUUCGCCUGCUGUUCAGCCUCCACUCCAGCCAUGCAGCCACAGCAUCCAGAGCCAGCUGUGAGCUCUCCCGCUCCGCAGCCAGGGGCCUCCGCGCCCGCUGGCCCGGCCUGUCUCAAGCCAGGGGCCUCCGCGCCCGCUGGCCCUGCGGCUGUUGCUCUGUCACCGCCGGCUCCCAUGCCAUCGCCUGGUCCAGCCUCGGCUCCAGCUUCUGCUUCGCACGGUCCAGCUUCUGCCUCUGCGUUAGCCUCGCCUGGUCCUGCGGCUGCCACGCCGUCGCCCAAGCCACGUUCUUGACGUCGCCACCGCCGUCUUCCUCGCGGCCGCCCACCGGACCUUCUCAGUGGCCGCCGCUGUCUUCCUCCCGGCCGCCCACCGGAUCACCUCCAGCAUCACAGCCGGCCACGUGGCCGCCCGCCUGA